GCCGCAGUCGGGGCAGAGAGAGGGAGAGAGUCCACCCCAGAGCGGUGCGGGGGCAGGAAGCCGGAGGGGGGAGUUUGGGGCAGGGAGAGACGGAGCAGAGGAGAGAGAGGAGGGAGCGCAGAGCGGGGAGGGGACAGCAGUGCGGGAGCAGCAUCGGCCGCUACUGGGGGGCAAUAGGGGGUUGUGGGCACCCCCGGGGGGCAGUAAGGGCCAUCGGACUAUACUGGGGGGCACCGGAUUGUUCUGGGAAGACUCCGGAUCAGAAGUUAUCGGUACCGGGGAGCGCACACACCCGGGGAGGCCCCCCCUGUGCCCCCCACUCCGCGCCUAUGAACCACCACCGAGAGGGGACACCGACCCACCGGCACCUACCGACACCAUGUCCGGGCACCCACCCAGCAGCAAGUCCCACCGCAGAACUUCCCUGCCCUGUAUCCCCAGAGAGCAGCGGCAUCAUGGGAUUGGCACCGACCCCUCCCUCACCAGCGGCAUCAUGGGAUUGGCACCAGCGGCAUCAUGGGAUUGGCACCGACCCCUCCCUCACCAGCGGCAUCAUGGGAUUGGCACCGACCCCUCCCUCACCAGCGGCAUCAUGGGAUUGGCACCAGCGGCAUCAUGGGAUUGGCACCGACCCCCUCCCUCACCAGCGGCAUCAUGGGAUUGGCACCGACCCCUCCCUCACCAGCGGCAUCAUGGGAUUGGCACCAGCCGGCAUCAUGGGAUUGGGCACCGAACCCCUCCCUCACCAGCGGCAUCAUGGGAUUGGCACCGACCCCUCCCUCACCAGCGGCAUCAUGGGAUUGGCACCAGCGGCAUCAUGGGAUUGGCACCGACCCCCUCCCUCACCAGCGGCCAUCAUGGGAUUGGCACCAACCCCUCCCUCACCAGCGGCAUCAUGGGAUGGCACCGACCCCCUCCCUCACCAGCGGCAUCAUGGGAUUGGCACCGACCCCUCCCUCCAGUUUGCCUUUGGUCUCUUCCAGUCCUCCGGUACCAGUAUCACUGUAGACAUCGCUGUGAUGGGGGAAGCUCAUGGGUUAAUCACCGACCUGCUGGCCGACCCCUCCCUGCCCCCCCACGUCUGCACCUCCCUACGGGCCGUCAGUAACCUGCUCAGCACCCAACUCACCUUCCAGCCCAUCCAUAAGCCCCGCCCCAACCCGCUGGUCUCCUUCAACGACACCUACACCUGUUCCGACUCCGAGGAGGGGUCCGAAAGGGGAGAGAAGCUGACGAUCCCCAAGCGCUUACGGAAAAGUCUUCCCACCGGCCUGUUGCGCAGAGUCUCGUCCACCUGGACAACAACGACGUCGGCCACAGGGCUGCCCACCCUGGAACCUGCCCCGGUGAGGAGGGACCGCAGUGGCAGCAUCAAACCCCUCGACUCAUCUUCAUCAAGUAACCCCGACUCCUGGCACAACUCGCUGCUGCUGAAAAGUCGCCCCUUCUCGCCGUCUCUCGCCAACACAAACCAUGUGACCCCCAAGUGGAGGCAGGGGAUCCCGCCGAACAUUUCCCCCCUCAUAUCCCCGUGCCAGUCUCCCAUCCCGGGCACCCCGGCCGCCAGUCCGACCGUGAAAUCCCUCCCGGUGCAGUUCUGUGAUGGUACCGAGCUCGGCCGGUUGGGGCCCAAUCCACACAAGGUACUAAGUUCCACCAAGAGUGCGCCGGAGAUUCCGGAACCGUUCCCGGGUUCCACCCUUGUGUGCGCCAGCUGUGGGCGGUCCUACAGUCCAGUAAAUCCCAGUGACGGCGCAUUGGAUCCCGGCGAGGUGCCACAUUCCCAGAACAGAACAGAUGAUCCAACUCACACAACUUCUGACUACGACAGCACUCACGAAACCAACCACAGCGACAGCAGCGACAUCCUGCCGAGCGACGAGCCCGACGGCGCCAAGGACCCCGCCCAGUCCAGGAAAAGCUCCGCCUCCUUCCAGGGGGAGGUCCUGCACCCCCUCAUCCACUCCGAGGAGAAAGCCGUUCUGGCACCGGAACCGCUGCUCAUGGAGGAUCUGGACUCGCUCAUGGGAGAGAUCAACAACUGGAACUUUCCCAUCUUUGACUUGGUGGAAAAGACGGGGCAGAAGACGGGGCGAAUUCUCAGUCAGGUGUCGUACCGGCUCUUUGAGGACAUGGGGCUCUUGGAAACCUUCAAGAUCCCGUUGAGAGAAUUCAUGAACUACUUCCACGCGCUGGAGAGCGGCUACCGGGAUAUUCCAUAUCACAACAGGAUCCACGCUACAGACGUGUUACACGCGGUGUGGUACCUGAGCACUCAGGCCAUCCCCGGGCUGCCCAACGCCGUCAGUGAGCAGGGCUCAGCUAGUGACUCAGACUCCGACAGCGGCAUCACUCACGGGCACAUGGGCUACGUCUUCUCCAAGAUGUACAACCCCUCCGAUGAUACAUACGGGUGUCUGUCGGGGAACAUCCCCUCCCUGGAGCUGAUGGCGCUGUAUGUGGCGGCCGCCAUGCACGACUACGACCAUCCGGGCAGAACCAACGCAUUUCUAGUGGCCACCAACGCCCCCCAGGCCGUGCUGUACAAUGACCGCUCUGUGUUGGAGAACCAUCACGCGGCUGCUGCCUGGAAUCUUUUCCUCUCGAGGCCGGAGUACAAUUUCUUAGUAAAUCUGGACCACAUGGAAUUCAAGAGAUUUCGCUUUCUAGUGAUUGAAGCCAUCUUGGCCACUGACCUGAAAAAGCACUUUGAUUUCUUGGCGGAAUUCAAUGCAAAAGUGAAUGGGGAGGUGAGUCCAGGAAUUGACUGGUCCAAUGAGAAUGACCGUUUGCUGGUCUGUCAGAUGUGCAUUAAGUUGGCCGACAUCAAUGGGCCGGCCAAGUUCAAAGAUCUGCAUCUCAAGUGGACAGAGGGAAUCGUCAAUGAGUUCUAUGAGCAGGGAGAUGAGGAGUCCAGCCUGGGCCUUCCCAUCAGCCCCUUCAUGGACCGCUCGGCCCCCCAGCUUGCCAAGCUGCAGGAGUCCUUCAUUACUCACAUCGUGGGGCCCCUGUGCCAUUCCUACGACUCAGCCGGCCUGAUGCCCGGGAAAUGGCUGGACGAGAGCGACGAGAGAGACGAGAGCGACGACACCGACGAGCAGGAAGAAGAAGACACCGAGGAAGAGUCGUCUGAGCCCAACGAGUCUUUAGCAAGUAUGUCCUCUCUGAUCCUCUGUUGUUUGAAAGAUGCCUUGUGGGGCAGUAAUGCAGGGAAGGAGAAGAAGAAGUGCAAGCGGAAAAUCUACUGCCAAAUCACUCAGCACCUCAUGGAAAACCACAAGAUGUGGAAGAAAGUGAUGGAGGACGAGCAGCUCGAGCCCAAAAGCUCCGAACAAAUCCAGGCCAUCAGGGAGGAAGAGGAGGGGAACCCCAAGAGGGACAAUUCUGACGAUGAAUGAAGGGAAAGGACUGGUGGGGGCGCUAGAGAGAAGCCAGCACAAUCCUUAGACACAACACUGUAGAACGUUGGGGGCACCGAGCCUCGGGGUGUUCCCCUUCCACCACCAACGGAGACCGUUGGCCCCCAUGCCCGGCUUCGCCCAAACCCUCAUCAUCAUCAUCAUCAUCAUCGUGGUGAUGGUGGAACCAUAGGAAGCCAGUAUUACAGCAGCACAAAGAUAUAUAGAGACAUUGUAAGCACGGAUAUAUCUAUAUAUAUAUGUAUGUAUAAUGGUCACAUGUUGGAAGGUGCCCCGCCCCCAAGCGCCAGGUACCCAAUGAGACGGCGGCGCGGGGAGUUCCGUGGGACACGGGGUGUAAAAGCGUGAGCGGAAUCCCACGUAUCCCGCCCGUUUGUGGCCCCCGUGGCGCGUGGAUAAAACCGCCCCCCCGGGACGGAGGGUUCCGAGCCGAAACCUCUAUUUAAAGCUGAUUUUUGUUGUUUUGUUUUUUUUCACCGAAUUCCGUAUUUUAUUUCGCACUGGCGUGUUCGGCCGCCGCCGCCGCCGUCUCGCUGUAAAUAAUCGGGGAGAUUUUUAUCGGUUCCUGUAGAUAGGAGACUCUUUUGUAAGAAGGAAAAAUCCCACCGUUUUUUGUAUAGAUUAUUAUUUUUCUUUUCUACGAGCGUGAAAAUAAAGGGAACGCUGGGGGGGGCCAAUCACAGUGAAGCCACGCCCCCUGCCCCGCCCAGAAAGCAAUGGACAGAAGCAGCCAAACCUCCCAGGGAGGAACUUACCUUUUUUUGAGGGAAUUUACACCAAUGUCUUCAUGUCUGGUCUGAAAUUGCUUGGGGGGGCGCCUCAGGGGUACAUUGUAUAAUCAUCUGUUUCUAUGGCAACUGGGGGUCCAGGAACCGCACCAAGAGCAUCACCCACAUCCAGGUCUUCCUAUUGUGGUGCUGAACUGUACAAUACCAUUAGUGCCAGCGGAGCACCAACAAUACCUGCAGAGUAACAUUUAUGCCCCCAGACUACAAUUAAUGCCCCCAGACUACCAUUAAUGCCCCCAGAGUACAAUUAAUGCUAUCAGAGUAGCAUUAAUACGCACAAAGCACCAAUACUACCCACAGAGUACCGUUAGUACCAACGGUGUACCAAUAAUACCUGUAGAGUACCAUUAGUACCCCCAGGGUACCGUUAUUACUGGCAGAGUACAUUUAAUGCCCUCAGAGCAACAUUAAUACCCACAAAGCACCAAUAAUACCUACAGAGUACCAUUAGUACCAGCGGAGUACCAAUAAUACCUAUAGAGUGCCAAUAAUACCUACAGAGUACCAUUAGUACCAGUGAAGUACCAAUAAUACCCAUAGAGUGCCAUUAAUAGCCACAAAGUACCAAUAAUACCUACAGAGUACCAUUAGUACCAGUGGAGUACCAAUAAUACCCAUAGAGUGCCAUUAAUAGCCACAAAGCACUAAUAAUACCUACAGAGUACCAUUAGUACCAGUGGAGUACCAAUAAUACCCAUAGGGUGCCAUUAAUACCCACAGAGUACCAUUAGUACCAGCGGAGUACCAAUAAUACCCAUAGAGUGCCAUUAAUACCCACAGAGUACCAUUAGUACCAGUGGAGUACCAAUAAUACCCAUAGAGUGCCAUUAAUACCCACAGGGUACCAUUAGUACCAGUGGAUUACCAAUAAUACCCAUAGAGUGCCAUUAAUACUCACAGGGUACCAUUAAUUCAGCAGUUAAUUUGGGGUACUGAGUGAUGGAAGCCAAGCGAGCAGCCGUAGGAGGUAUUCCAUGGGCACGGGGUAUGGUGGGUAUGGUGCCCUCUGUGGGACAUGAUGAUGGGGAGUGGAAGCCAUAGGUGCCAGCUGCCCCACUGAUGGGGUAGAGAGGUUGUUGCAGGGGCAGAUCUCACCCUCAGGGUUGGAGCCAGAACAUCAGUUGCCUGUGUUGGGGGCACAUGGUGGCAGAAGGGUUUCAUGCCCAGCGUUGCCCAUCACUUCGCCAAGGAACAUUAUUAGUCUUUGGCCACAGAUUGGGAGCC